GGCGUUGAGAGGCUUGAGAAGUAUAUACGUUCUAUCAUCUAUGGGGCAAUAAAAGUGCUCACCAGCAGUGAUAUGCGUUGAGGUGUUCGGUAUGGUACACAUGCGUAUAAAUAGUGGCUGGACGUUCUCUUUGCAUAUCAAACAAUUGAAUACAACAUACAUCAAACAACAAACAACAAACAACGAACACCAUGAUCAACGAUUUCAUUAACCGAUCCGAAACCGGUGACAAAUAUUCCGGCGAGAUCGAGUAUGAAAACAUACAACGCCUGCCCCGUCUAGGAGGAUCCUCCCCCUCAAGCGGUCGCCGUCAUUACAAUGAUCUUGUGAACCACAACGAAAAUGGUGCCAAGUAUUCCAUGGGCGAGACAGAUGAGCGAAUGUGCCGUCUCCCUCGAUUACCGAGCCGCCAACAAGCAUAUGUGGUAGACACUAAUGUUAUUGAUUCCGGGGCAGACGAGCAAUGCCACUGGAGCUAACCAAAUCUGCGGGUUAUCAAUUAUUAGCGCUCACAUAGUGUAACUUGGGCCGAGCGAGCUACAGAUCGGAAUCCUUCCCGGGCUGUACACACCAUAUAUAUUAAGCAACUUUAUGUAAGCUGCAAUCAAAUAAAUAUUCAACAACAGAACAUAAUGAUGGCAAUUCAGUUUGAUUUUAUGUGAUUGUCUAUUAUUCUCGGGUGAAGAGAUCGAUAUCACCUACCCGACGCGACAAAACAAUAAAUUUCUAUAAGCUGCAGACGCAAUCAAGCAUAUUUCAAAACAGUAAUUGUCUCUGAUUGCGAUGAAGUAUCUUACUUUCCAAAUAUGAUUGUGUACUAACGAAGCUAUUAUGUAAAGAUGUAUAUAUACGUUAUACUUAUACAUUUCUAUAUAUUAUAUAUAUAUAUAUAAAAUAUAUAGUUUAUAGUAUAUGUAGUAUAUAUAUAUAUAUAAGUAC